AUGUUAGAGCAAACAAGAGAGACCCGUCUCCAAGAAUUACAAGACUUGUUAAAAUCCAAUUCUAUUAACGAAGAUAAUUAUCAUCAAGGAAAACUAAAGAUCCUCCAAGAACUUGAGGCCAUUAAAUAUAUGAUUAAUCGUACUGUUUUUGUUCGUAAUUCAUUGGAUUCGAUGAUAAGGGUCCGUUACAAUAUGAAAUUGGUGUUGGAAAAGUAUGGAUCAGUGCAAUUAUUAUUGGUCACUUAUCAAAUCGAUGUGAUUCUUCUAGAUAUGUCGGAUCAAACAAUUUCUGAUGUUGAGAUCAUUCCUUUGCCACAACUAGAUGGUUACUAUUUGAAACCAAUAUUCAUGGUCGAAUUUCCCAAAUCAAGAAUUCCAUCUGAAAUGUAUCAAAAAAAGGAUCCUCCUGUUUGUUCCCCACCUGGACCAUCGAUACAUGCCGGCUGUCUAUCGUAUUGUGGAAAUUAA